AUUUCGGACAAUGUUGAGUUGGCUAUGGAAAUAUGUAUUUGUUUAACAGUCAAUUUGAGGACGAUAUAUAUAUACCUGAAAUAAAGUAAUAAACUUGAUAAACAACCAUCAUGACGAUUGACAACGUAUCGACUCACGACAUCAUGCAAAUUCUCGAAAAAAAUGUGGGCAUUCUCAAGUCGGAAGGUCACGGUCCAGACGCUGCUCUUGAUUUCCGUGAUAAGUUCGAGUUGUUUGGUAAACUGUCGUGCAAUUUAACAGAUAAACUUCAGUCGUUAUUAUAUUUAUCUGAAAAUUAUACUUUCGCGAGCGACUUUAAGCAAUUCGUAAACGGGAUUGUCGGUUUAUGGAGCUCUACUAAUAAGCAGGUUUGUGAAAAAUGUUCCAAGAUUCAGGUGGGCAGUCGUACGCUAUCGGGGAUACCGUUAUCGUUGCUCCUUGAAAAGAUAAAGAAAGAGAGAUCUUUAACUAGGGAGUUGUUGCAUAUUCGCGAGACUGCAUACAGUCGUGAAUAUCUCGCCAAGUGCUACAUUUUAAUAAAUGAAAUCAAAGAUUUAUUACGUAAUCUCGAAAGAUCCGAUGAUAAGUUACAGCAAUACAUAGCUAUAUUGAAGUUGAAUCCAUUUCUUAUUAAGCUAGAAUCUAUUGUAGACACGUAUAUCUCAAACGUCGAAAUAUCACCGAUCGACAAAUCCAAGGAUCCAAAGUUGGAUGUUUUUCCAAUUGUCGCGAAACUUCUCACCGGUGAAUUAUUGGAUGAGGAACCUAUGGACCCGUCUCGCGUUCUAGCGGAUAACGCGCCCAAGAAACCAGUUUUCAUCAUUAAGAUAAAACGUAGAACGGACGUUCCAUCGAUAGCUGUCAUGGAAACAAUAUAAAAAAUACGCAAUUACGCGUUAUAACAGAAGAGAAUAAUAUAAAUGUUAUAUAAACAAUAUAUGUAUAUAAUAAAUA